UACCCCCACUCCACGCAAUGUAAAGUAGCAUUGAAAAGCUAACGCUACUUAACCUAACAAGUUAACUCCGUAUAAUAAAAUGGAUUAUUCCAAUUAUUAUAGACAGUACAUCGAAUACGUGGAGUAUUAUAGACGUACAGUGGCAGCUACAGUUGCAGCAGAGGUCAUAAAGAGGCGACGCAUAGCUGCUGCAGCUUUUAUGAUGCAUUUAUCGAAAAAGAAAAAAAUAUAUGAGAAGAAAAAAUAUUGGGUAGCACCCAUUUUCGAAAAUCGUAACGAGCACAGUUUUUUCUUUGCGUCGGUCCCGAGAUUAAGAUUGGAGGAUUUACGAUUUCAUAAUUAUUUUCGAAUGAGUGCAACUCAGUUUGAAGAAUUGUUGGGCAUGAUUGGACCAACAAUACAGAAGCAGGACGUCGUUCGACAAUGCAUCUCACCAUCUGAACGGUUGGCAUUAACAUUGAGAUUUCUUGCUUCCGGGGACUCUGUGACAUCAAUGUCAUAUCAUUAUCUCGUGGGAGUGACAACAGCAAGUACCAUUAUUCAUGAAACAUGCAAAGCAUUGUGGGAUAUUUUGUGCCCUUUGGUUCUUCCAGGCCAACUCCAUGAAAGAGACUGGCUGGAUAUCGCCAAUGAUUACUAUGAAAAAUGGAAUUUCGUUCAUUGCAUAGGAGCCAUUGAUGGCAAGCACGUCGUUAUUCAAUGUCCCAAUAAUGCUGGAUCAGCGUUUUUUAAUUACAAACACAGUCACAGCAUAGUUCUCAUGGCUAUCUGCGAUGCUAAUUACCUGAUCCGUUUUGUGGAUAUUGGAGCACAUGGACGACGAAGUGAUGGUGGCAUUUUCAAAGAAAGUGCUAUAGGGAAAGCGUUCGAAGAAGGGCGGAUGAAUAUCCCACAGCCAGCAACAAUUGGAGAAGGAGGACCUACUUUGCCGUACUGUCUUGUGGGAGACGAGGCCUUUCCUUUAAAACCUUACUUGCUUCGUCCGUACCCUGGUAGAGGUGGACUUACAGUACAACAAAAUGUGUACAAUUACCGUCUUAGUCGUGCGAGACGAGUAGUAGAAAACGUGUUUGGUAUACUAGCCAGUCAAUGGAGAAUAUACAGAAAACCUAUUAUCGCCAGCCCUGAAAACGCCAAACUGAUCGUUCAAGCAACUGUUUGCCUCCACAAUUGGCUUCAUCGACAGGACAAUAAUGAGAACGCAUAUGUGCAUCCGUGUUUGAUCGAUGUGGAUAAUCCAGACUGUCCAAAUGGCUUUCAAUCAGGUUCUUGGCGAACCAUAAUGGAAGACGGAUGUGCAUUCAGAGACAUCUCAAACUGUGGAUCAAAUAUGAGUGCCAGACAAUGCAUAGACAUUAGAAAUGAAUUUUGUCGUUAUUUCAAUCCAAUUCAACCGAAUAUAUUUUGUUACUCUAUCUUUUUUGCAAAAGUAUAA